GCUUUUCUCCUGCUCCUCACCUGUUCCUCUCCUGCUCUUCUCCUGUUUCUCUCCUGCUUCUCUUCUGCUCCUCAGGCAGAGCUCCUCACACUGAGAGAAAGUGCAGAGCAGGAGAUAUGACACAUGAAACAUGGAAAAUGUGAACGUGAGAUCAGAUCUGUUUCCUGUAUGUGACGUGAUGAGAUAUGACGGGAGUUCCUGUUAUAAAAGCAUGUGGAAGCACCGAGUGUUUCUCAGUCUCACAUUGAUCCAGCAGACACACAACAUCUGGAGCUAGAGCUGGAUUUCUGCAGUCCCCUGAGACGACGAACUGUAAUGGAGUUGAACUCGUCCCUCAUGGACUCAGAGUUUGAGAUGGAUAACUGCACGUACAAGGCGGCGUGGGAUUGGAUCUCAUCCCUCCAGCCUUUGUGGCUCUCAAUGAUUAGUGUCUUGGGGCUGGUGGGGAACAGCUUGGUCCUGUUGGUGUUCUGCCUGCAGAGGAAACCGUGCUCCGUGGCUGAUGUGUACCUGGGGAACCUGGCCUUGGCCAACCUGGUCAUGGUUCUGUGUCUACCCUUCUGGGCCGUGACCAUCGCUCAGGGUUAUGAGUGGAGCUUCGGACAGAUGCUCUGCAAGUUAAUAAACAUGUCUAUCUCUAUGAACUAUUUCUGCAGCAUCUUCUUCCUGGUUCUGGUUAGCAUUGAUCGCUAUUUGGCACUCGCCAGAACGAUGAGCCAUAGCAGGCUGAGACGCUCGUCCUGGGCCAAACGGAUUUGUUUGGGAAUUUGGAUAUUUGGAUUCCUGGUUAGCUUUCCAUCACUGCUCUUCCGCAGCGUGCACUACUUUCCAGACCUUGAUGUCCACGCUUGCUACUUGAUGUACCCUCAUCCAGGCUGGAAGGUCCAGAGAAACCUGAGCAGCAACGUGCUUGGAUUCGUGAUACCAUUAUCAAUCAUCGUGUUCUGUACUUAUCACAUAGUUAAAGCUCUUAAAGACAGUGAUCUCGUUGUCCCUGGAGUCCGGACAGAAAAACGGGCCACUCAUCUUGUGCUUGUGGUUCUGGCCGUGUUCCUGUUCUGCUGGACACCACACCAGGUCGUACGUCUGCUGGACACACUGGAUUAUUAUCAGCUCACGCCGGAAGGAUGUUUAUUUGGACACGUAUUAGAUAUUAGCGAGCAGUGUUCCACCUACCUAGCAUAUGCUGACAGUGCGAUUAACCCCUUUCUGUACGUGGUUGUCGGGAAACACUUCAGGAAACGAGCUAAAGGUGUGUUAAGACACAUUACUGCUCCUGGAAGGAAGGACAGCACUCCUAACAGCACACUGGCUAGCAGGUUAAGUGAAAGCCAAAAAGACUCGACUGUAAUUGAUAAAGGAAUCAUAGCAUCUGUAAACAUCUUACCAACACACUUUACAAAUGUAAACACUGGAGAACUGCCGGGACUGUGAACCGGUUUCCUCAUGUUGUUUCUAAAGGGUUGGGCAUUUGGUUCAUGGGCAUUAUUCUUACUACAAACCCACUACAGGCAUCACGCUUAGCUGAGACUAUGCAAUUAAUGCUAAACUAAUGCUAAGAAUGUUUAAGAUCAUGGUAAUAAUCCAUGUACCAGGAUAGACUCUUUUAUUCUAUUAUGCACAGGCCAGAAAUUCAUUGUGUGGAACAUGUGAGUCAUGUUUAUUUAGCUCUGACUAGCUUUCCAUUAGCAUGCGAGAGUUCUCCUAGAAGAUUCCACAAACUCAUUUCUCCCCGAACUCAUUUAUCAUGGAUAUGAGCAGAUUCAGUUGGAAAUCGUUUGUACAGGUGCUUACACUAACAAAAGGGGUAUCUAAUUGGUCAUGAGUUCACAUCCCACCACCACUAAGCUGCCACUGCUGGGCCCUUGAGCAAGGCCCUUAACCCUUAACUGCUCAGUUAUAUGAAUAAGAUCAUUGUUAGUGAAUAAGUGCAUCUGCUAAAUGCAAUAAAUGUAAAUAUACAUUUGUUUUGCAUCAAAAUGUAUCAAUUCUGAAGAAUUCUGUAUCCUACUGGGGUUUGUGAGGGUGAUCAAAUAAUCCAUAAGAACCUCAACCAGUGUAAACCUCGUCCUGAUCGGCGUUAGAUCAAAUACUUUAUAUGCAUUAUUGCAUUUUUCUAUGUGAAAUGUUCUGUAGUGAUUUAACUGUUUAUGUUUAUUGUGUCUUCAUCAAAAGAAAUCUUAAUAAGUAUUUCUAAAACCUUCUGGUGGAAAAGUUUGUAACAUUUCUAAAUUCACUAAAAGCCCGUGGCAGCUGAUAGUCGCCUGAAGUACAUUAGCCACAAGCUUGUGCAGCUAUAUUAGAGUUAGAUGUUUGCAAAAUCAAAGUGUCGACUUGAUGAACAUCUUUUUGUAAAUGCAUUGGGAUACAAAUUGAAAUACGAGAUUGUUCCGGGGAAAACAGGACUUCUGAUUAGCCUGGAUAUUCAGCUACAUACCUGAUCAUUAGCCAUUUAUCUCUGAAAUUAAAACUCAUCUUAGAGAUUGUUCCGGGGAUAAACAAUCUGAAAGACUGGGGAUAAAAUUCAUUCAGAAAGAUUGUCCAUUCUGUGUCUGUAGGAGGGGUUUAGCGUGUAUCAUCUGUAAAGCGUUAGACCCUCCUGGAUGUCUUUGUGGUCCAGCAUGAGUAGAUGCUAUUGGCUUCAUGAGUUUUGGAGGAAGUAUGUCCUCACGUGGGAGCAGUGAUGGCUCAAUGGUUAAAGCUUUGGGUUACUGAUCAGAUAUUCGGCGGUUUGCCAAGCUGCCACUGUUGAGCACAGCCUUUAACUCUCUCUGCUUAUUGGGCAGCAUAUCAUGGCUGCCUCACCACUCUGACUAACAAGUCGAGAUGUGUGACACUGUGCUGUAAAGUAUGUGUGACUAUUAAAGGCAGUUUCUGUCUCUAUUAUGAGCCUUUACCCUUCCUAUUAAAUAGCCGUCAUAUGAUGGGUGAGGGAUGGUUGAUGGGUGGAAUUUGUCCUGUGACCAAAGUUGAGAGAAAAUAAAGGAAAGAAAGAAAUGAACACCUUAUGCAGUGGAAAACUGGACAAGCUUUAGCAUUUGUAUCUAUUUAAUGUUUUAUCUAUAAUUUCUUUCUUAUUUUUUCAUAAUUUUUGAUCCUAACAUUAUUAUUAGCAUUACAAUUCUUUGUCGUCUGAUUUACACCGAUGUUCAUAUUUGUGUGUUUGACAAGAGGUGAAGUAUUGGAUUGUUUUAUUUAUUGUCUGUUAUAUAAUAAAUAAUUAUUUAUCACAGAUGCUGUAAUUAAGACUGAAACACUGCUGUGAGUUUGUGAAACAAGACAUACAG